AUGAAGGAGAGUGAUGUAAUGGGAGAGCAGAGGGGGAGGGAGGGAGAAACAGUGGAGGUUGAAGUCGACUAUGGAGGCGUUUUUUGGGGGAAGGACUGGGCAAAGGAGCCAGAGCCAGAGCCAGAACCAGAACCAAGAGCCGGAGACGGAGCCGGAGCCGGAGACGGCGAUGGAGACGGAGACGGACUGGUUGCUCUUGGCUGGCGACAGGCAAAAUUCGCUCACAGGCUGAGGUCACAGCAACAAACCCAACAACCAAGAAAAAACACAACAGGAUUUCAACGACAAAGAACGAAUAGCAUCACGCGCUUGAGAUCUACGCUGAGUGCCAAGUUCAUUUGCUUCCACUGGAGUUCUUUUAAAGGCCAUAAUCCCUGA